AUGAUACAGGCAGCCAAGAUGAUGGUGAUCCAUUUCGGAGCUCCUCUACUGAUGGACGGCAGCUUACCUGCUGGCACCGUCCGGAGCCCGGCAGACUCUCCUCGCACACUGCAGAGACCGCCGGUCGAGAAGAACAUGGUUCCUUUGAAAAUUCCAGAACCAUUACCAGUUUCAUAUGAUCCUAAAUGUCUGCGUCAGGUGACGUUCGUAGAGGCCCCUGGUAUCCUGGAGAUGCGGAGGGCGGGUGAGCGGCAGUACCCCUUCAACGACGUGCUGCAGUGGUUCAUAGACCGAGCAGACCUCGUUCUUGUAGUGUUCGACUACACCAAGCUGGACGCCGGCUACGAACUCGAGGCUGUUCUCGACCAGCUCAAGGGCAGAGAAAAACAAGUCCGCAUUCUCCUGAACAAAGCUGACCAAAUUCCUCCCGAAGAGUUAAUUAAAGUUCAAGGUUCAUUGUUCUGGAACCUCAGUCCUUUGCUGGGAGUCUCUGCUCCACCCACAGUCUACGCUGGAUCCUUCUCAUCCAGACCAUACAGGACCUCUUCUCCAGCUAAGCUCUUCCAGGCUCAGGAAGAGGCGCUACUGCACGACCUCGCACGCGCUAUCAACGCGCGAGUUGAGAACCGCGUAGCCAACGCACGUCGCCAUGCAGUGCGGGUGCGAAACCACGCGCAGAUGGUAGACUCAUACCUCACCACGUACAACAAGAACAAGGGAUUCCUCACCAGCAAACACAAGCUAUCCGAAGACAUUGUAGAGAACCCACACGCCUACAACAUCUACGAGGGUGUCAGCCUGCUUACCAACAUAUCGCGCUAUGAUCUGCCCGAUCCUGAGAUUUACCGAGAUUUCUUCAGGUUGUACAACCUGUACGACUUCCCCACACUGAAGAGCUCAUGCUCGUACCUGCGCGGGUGCCCGCUGGACCAAAUAGACCGGGCCAUCAGCCGCGACAUGCCCGAGCUGCUGGCCCGCUACCGUACCCUCCUCGCCAAGGCCGGCGUCUCGGCCGAUCUGUCGCCCGACGCUGAUAUCUUCGGGGAGCGUCCCGCGCUGUCGCCCGUGCCACACUCCAAGACGCUGUAGAAAUUCCCUUGGAAUUUAAACGAUCGAGUUUACGUGGAUUUGUCUUGUACACACAGAAAAAUUAAUGGGUUGUAAUGGCCUAAUAGUGACACAUUUUCGUAACCACAUGACGAGCAGAGAGCACGCGUACACUGAUACGUCCUCUUAUAGGCCAGACUGGGUCAAUAUGACUCACAUAAGGCGAAAUGUGCAGCGCUAUUUGGACAACGUCUCAUUUAUUUCUCUGUGUGGAAACUUAAGCGAAAUACGAAAUGUUUCACUCGAACGAGACGGAUUAAAGUAAACACCUAUCUGGAGAUGUAAUAUUUCAAAGUGAUUUGUAUUAUUUUCAUUAUUUUAUUUUACUUGAAAGCGUAAUCCGAUUGAAUUAGAUUGGUUCGACCACUCAAGCUCCAUUUAAUGAAGGCAAACACUUGCUAACAAAAUUAUUGUCGUAGUUUUUUGGUAAAUUGGUGGCACAGAAUUCGAGUUUUCCUCUAAAUCAGUGAACGCACACACGCUUGAUGCUUCUUAGUAUGAAUGAUAGUUGAUAUAAGUAGUGAAUCAAUGUUUACUUGAAGCCUGUUGUAAAAUAUGUUAUCGGCAUUGAGAUGUAGAUAGUUAUGCGUAUCCUAAUUAGUAAUUAGUAUCCUAUUGUAGGUACGAGCGCUUCUUGUUUUAUCUAUUUAAUUGUUGACUUAAUUUCCGUGUUAAAUUUUUACGGCUUAACUGCGAAAUAUAUUGGACAUGCAUUCAGAGAAUUGAGUGAGGCAUAUACAGUUUAGCAUAUAUAGUUUAGCAUAUAUAAUAGCAUAUACAGUUUUUGCCCGUGUGUGGGUCAUCUUGAUUCAGUUUGCCUCGGCAAAAUGCACAUCAUUUAUACGCUAAGGAAGAGUGCCAAUAUUUGGACAAAUGGCCCGUUCAUUUUCUGAGAGUGUCUCAAUGUUAUGAAAUAUAUUACGCAUAGUAAAUCCAACAUAUAAUCGUUAAGUAAAUUAAUUAACCAACGUUUACCUUGCUGUUGUAUAAUUUAGCAUUAAUAUCAUUCUGAUCAUUGAUUGCAAAUAAGCCAUUUAUUGAUUCUUGUUCUAUUGACCUCUUCAUUGACCGUUCAACUACCUGAGAAUGCAAGGUAUUCAGUUAACCUGGUACAGGAGAAAAUUGAAGCAUUUAAUUCUUAGCACUUUUUUAACCAACGGAGAUGCCUUCUGUUUUUUGCAGAACAAUAUUUUCAUGCGCAAGCUAUAAUCAAUGAACGAUUAUAAUGAUCAAUAUUUUAUUUUGAUGAAGAAGUAUUGAAUGAUAUCUUGUUACAUCCAAUAGGUAUAUGAUGAAAACAAAAAGGUAGAGACUAAAAUAGCUUCAGACUAAAGCAAUGUGCAAAUUUUUCAUACCUGUUUUUGCGUAUGUAAUAUGUUCAAUAUGGCAGAUUAGGCACUGAUGGCCAGCUCUUUGUUAAAAAAAUUAACUAUAGAUGCAGACCAUUACCACCAUUGUGUUCUUUCCCAAAUUUCGUCUGAAAAUAUAGUUUUUAACCCAUGUUGUG